AUGGUGCAGACGGAAUCGUGGCUGCCGCGCAUCGUAGCGGACAGCGACCUGGGCGACAUCCUACGCGUUCUCCACUUGGCGGGCACCUUGAGGCCACCAGGGACAGGAGGCGCCGCCUUCUGGACGGCCAACGUAGCCACUUUCGCCGCAGGCGCCAUCUUCUUCGCGUCGCAGGCCAGCGCCAUGGCCAAGAUCGGCACUUCCGACUUCGACAGCUUCGUCUUGCUUCUGUGCACCAUGAACACGGCUGGCGUCUAUGUGCUUCGGCUCAUACAUUUCCACGCCCACAGUCGCAUCAUACACCAGCUUGCUUACCAGGUACUAGUGCGCUCAGACUUUUCUGCUUUUAUUGUUCUUAUAGAGGAGCGCAUCUGGAUGGCAAGAGGAAGCCUCGGCGACAUUCUCAAGUACGUUGCCUACAUGAGCGUUAUGGUCACCGAGCUGGGCGUCUACUGCUGGUUCGGCAAUGAACUCAUUACAGAGAGCGAGGCGGUGGCUGAGAGCGCGUGCUACUGUGCGCACGGGGCGCGGCCGGUGGCCUUGAGGAGGGGCCUGCUACUGGUGGCUGUGCGCGCAGGCCGGCCGCUCAGCAUCAGCGCCGGGCCCCUCUACGUCUUCUGCAGGGAGGCCUUCGUCUCGGUCAGUAGUAGCGACACUCUCUAA